AUGGCGCACACAGUAGCUGACUUAUUUUUGCGAAAUAUGGGAUGGAGUGAAAAACAUGGUUAUUACACGAUGUGCAUGGUAUUUUUCACCUAUAGCGAGUUGGCCUUAACUCUAUUGUUCAUCAUUUCGACGUGUCUGUCGAUCGUCUACUCGAGGGAAAAUCUAUCCAUGCACCUUCACGGCCUCUUGUGGUUGUUAGUCGAAAUCCACGUUUUUGCUGUGACGGCCAACAGGCUCUACCAUAAGUCAAAGUUGCGCGACAUGCACCAGAGAUCACAGAAAGUGAGAAUACCGGAAAACUAUAGACGGACAAUCGCAAACGUGCUCACAUACCACAUGUCUUUACCAAAUGUGCUCGUGGCCAUUCCCGCGUUGUACAUGAUUUUAUUGGAUGGGGUGCAGAUGGGCGAUCCGUUCACGUUCCCUUUCGUGGACGUGUUGCCCAUAAAAACAACAAGCGUCACUGUUUACGUGUGCAAAUAUAUUGUAUACGCUAUGCCCGUGUACAUUGGACAGUUGGAAACUUGUUUCUUGAACGUGUCAUUCAUGUAUUACACGGGCGUCGUGAAGAGACAUUUUCAGAUCCUCGAAGAACAGGUCGCAGAAGCGAUGGUAAACAAGGAUGAACAGAAAUUAAAGAUUGCGAUCAAAAGCCACCAAGAAGUGUUGAAAUAUUUUAAAGAUAUGAAGACAGUUUCUGAAAUACCAAUAUUAGUCAACAUAGAAUUUUGUUCAUUUUAUGUUUGCUUAACUUGUUGUUACGUGAUUCAAGCCAUGCAGGGUUUUAUCAAUCAAAUGAUAUUGGGAAUUAUAAUACAUACUAGUAUAGCGGGUAUUACGACAAUUACUAUUUAUUGUAUUUAUGCAAGUAAUAUGUAUGAUUUACACAAUGGUAUAUUGAACGCUCUUUUUGAACAUCGAUCAUGUUAUUCUCGAAAUAAAUCAUUUACACAACUUAUUUUACUGAUGAAGACAAAAGCAACAAUCCUAUUAGAAUUUAAAGCUGGUUUCAUUUUUACCUUAAACUUAAACUUACUUGUCAAGAUUUUUCGAUUUGCUUACACGGUUUUUAAUGUUUUAUUAACUUCAACCAAUCGCCAAUUUAAAGAAUCUGCAAUAUGA